AUGUCAUCCAGGUUAGAUAAUGCAUCAAUAAUUUUUGUGAUAAUUAUUUUGAUUAUCGGAUAUCCUAAUACAUUUCUUCGGUUUAGACUCCAAAGUUUUCCUUAUCCUAACAGUAACAGUGCAAGUGCUAUAUCAAGCUAUCGUUUAAGAUCUUCCGAUUCUGAGUUAUCAUAUUACGAUCAAAGUUAUCCAAAUUCUAAUCAAAGAUUGGUAAGAAUUGCUGAUAAAAAUAGUGGCAGUGGCGACGGAGAACAACAGUCUUCUAGAAGCCGCAUACCUGAUUAUGAUGAAAACGAGAGAUUUAAGGAUUCCAGUCGACCCCCUGAUAGCCACUAUCCACCCGAAGAAUCUUCUCAUCCUUCUUCCCCGCAACACGAGUCUCCCCCACCAUCUCCAAAAAGUCGUAUACCGGAUUAUGACGAAUAUGCACGGUUUAAAAAUUCCAGCCGGCCUCCAGACAGCCACUAUCCAAUGGGUCCCGGUCCGAAAUUUCGAAAGAAAAGCAGCUGUGACCAUGCAAUAUCCAGUAUGGAGCUAGUGGUGUGGACCUCGAUUUUGUCAGUGUGUUUAUUUUACAAUAUUAUUUGA